UUAGUUUUGAUAUUCCUUAAACAGGGCUAUAACUAUUUCCUUCCCAUUAAAAUCACAAAUUAUCUAACAAAUAUCCUUGAACUAACCAUUGCAUAUGUAAGCAUUUGCCGCUACACCACCACUAAGCACAAGAUGCCCUAUACUUGA